ACUCAACGGCCUUAUUUGCAUCUCAUUCAAUUGCGGCGGCGGCGGGCGGGACUGCAGCAGCAGCAACAGCAGCGGUGGUGGCGGGACUAGAGGGAGAGAGACUACAGCAGCAGCAGCGACACAGCGGGUCCAGUGGUCGCUGCCUCCACCUCAUCAACCUCAACCAGCGGCAAGACCCACACCGGGGGAAAUCACCGAUUCAAAGUUGACUGAUCAAUCGAAGAUGAAGUGACGGAAGAUGUAUUAUUAUCAGGCGCAAGAAAUCACGGGGAACUUUUAUUGCUGAUGAUAUGAAUGGAGGGAUGCGACUAUAAAUUGUUAAAUUGAUCUGUACAUGAUAGUUGUUUGGGACAUUUGUUGAAGUGCAAUUAAAGUUAGGGCAUCUAAACAAAAAACGCAAAAUGUGGACAUUCCUAGGAAUUGCUACUUUUACUUAUGUCUACAAGAAGUGCGAUGACUUGGUGAACGUGAGUUACGCUAACAAGGAGAUGCUGGGGGCGUUUCUGGUAUUUUUCUCCUUGGGGUUACUGUUGUCCUAUCGUUACCGAUGUGGGCAAGGGAAGGGCCGAAAACAGCCUUCCAACCUGGGCUAUAUCUGCCAGCUCCUCUCAUCCCUGCCCCUAGCAAACUCGCUCUUCAGCGGAACGAGAGACUCCAACAGCACUGAGCAGGACCAAGCAAUGCAGCAAAAGAAAAGAACUGCCACCUUCUCAGAAUACUCGUCAAGCACCAGAACAUCUUCCCAAGAUGAUCCAGAGAUCAUCAUAGUGGGCUCUGGCGUCCUUGGUUCCGCUAUGGCCGCUGUUCUUGCGAGGGAUGGGAGGAACGUGACAGUGAUUGAGAGAGACCUGAAAGAGCCAGACAGGAUUGUUGGGGAGUUGUUGCAGCCUGGCGGAUAUCAGGCAUUGAAGGCACUCGGUCUUGGAGGUGCAGUUGAAGGUCAUGAUGGUUGCAGCGUCAAAGGUUAUGUCAUCCAUGACAUGGAGAGCAAGACACAGGUGGAAAUCCCUUAUCCUCUGAAUGAAGAUGGCCAGGUGCAAUGUGGGACAGCAUUUCACCACGGACAUUUCAUAAUGGGCCUGAGAAAUACUGCAAUGGCUGAGCCAAAUGUAAAGUUCAUUGAAGGAACCGUGACACAUUUAUUGGAGGAAGAUGGGAGAGUUACAGGAGUCCAAUACAGAGAAAAAGAAAGUGGAGCGAUAAAGGAACUGUCCAGUCCAUUGACUGUGGUUGCUGAUGGACACUUCUCUAAAUUCAGGAAAAACCUGGUGAAGACCAAAGUCAGCGUCUCAUCUCAUUUUGUUGGUUUCAUAAUGAAGGACGUGCCACAAUUCAAACCUAACUAUGCAGAACUUAUCCUUGCCGACCCUAGCCCUAUUCUUGUCUACCAAAUUUCAUCCAACGAAACAAGGGUACUAGUGGACAUCAGAGGGGAAAUGCCAAGACAUCUUAAAGAUUACAUGAUUGAGAAGAUCCAUCCACAGCUUCCAGACCACAUAAAACAACCAUUCCUGCUUGCAAUUCAGAAUGAUCGUCUAAGGACAAUGCCUGCGAGCUUUCUCCCUCCGUCUCCAGUGAACAAAUCAGGUGUGCUGCUUUUAGGUGAUGCGUAUAACAUGCGUCACCCUCUGACAGGAGGUGGGAUGAGCGUUGUACUAAAUGACGUGAGGAUAUGGAAAAGUCUGCUGUUGAGCAUUCCGGAUCUCCAUGAUAAUGAUGCACUACUGCAGGCCAAGAAAAGAUUUCACUGGGCAAGGAAGAAAUCCCAUUCCUUUGUGGUGAAUAUUCUGGCUCAAGCUCUAUAUGAACUUUUUGCUGCUACAGAUGAUUCUUUGCACCAGCUCCGGAUGGCUUGUUUUCAUUACUUCAAAUUGGGAGGGCAAUGUGUGUCGGGGCCAGUAGGUCUUCUGUCUGUGCUUUCUCCUGAACCAAUGCUUCUGAUCGGACACUUCUUUGCUGUCGCAUUCUAUGCUGUAUAUUUCUUAUUCAAGGUAGAGCCUUGGUACCUAAAACCACGGGCCCUGUUGAAGAGUGGGCUUGUUAUCUACCGUGCCUGCUCAAUUAUUUUUCCUCUUGUUUAUUCCGAAAUGAAAUAUCUUGUUAACUGAAUAACAAUUGGAGAUUAUAAAAAGUUCAAAAAGCAUGAAGCCUCGGCAACAAUUGGAUAUUUACCUUGUUACAGUCUAAAUAUUGGAUGCAUAAUGCUGUUGAAAGAUGUAUGAUUUCUUUAUGGUGAUUUGUGAAACGACUGAGCCAGCCCAUCUUGCACUUUGUGGACUUGUGGUGCAAUAAACGGGACAUGUGUUCUUUGCGGCACCCAUGAAAUAACUCAACCUUCAAUGCACAUCGGGCACACUACAAACGGCGCUGAUUAUAGCAGGAGUCAUUGGCUUUGUGAAGUCUCGCUGCUAUUGAUGAAGCGCUUCAUUCUUCUAUUAUGAUCGUUGAAACUUCUGCUUAACACAUUUGAAAAUUGACUUAUUCCCAAACUAUAUCCUACAUU